AUGAGUCAGCCGGGUGCGCCUCCACGGGGCAGCGCCGACGGCGACGCGCGCCCCGCGUCACAGCCCGCCGCGGACGCGACUGCCGUGCAGUACUACUACCGCACCCCGCGUGAGAGUAACGCGCAGCACGCCGGGACGGCGGCUGCCACUACCGCCGCAGCGGCCGACCUGCCCAGUCCGCCCAGCCCGGAAGACCUCUGUCUCGGCGACCCCCGCCGCAACUCCCACACGAGCACCGGCAACAGCUCGCGUCUAACGACGCCGACGUCGGCCAACGUGCCGCAGUUCACGACACGCGUGCGUCGACGGCACGGCAGUAGCAGCGGGCUCCCCAGCGGCUCCCGAACCUCGCCGACCGCGACGACUGGCCAUGACGCCACAAACAGCAACCCCACUUCGAGUACUGGCGGAGAUGGGGUGGUCGGCUCGAGUCAGGGCAGGCGCUCCGAGCCGCGCUUCGCCGGGCGUGGCACCCGCGCCGGCAGCGGCGACGCUAGUCAGCAGUACCAUCGUGAGAGGGUAGGAGGCAGCCGCUCUCGCCACGGCAGCCAAGGAGCUGGUCCGUCCCCCUACUCCCAAUCGGCGGCGAGCAGUGGGCGCGGCACACCGGCACCGCCCAGUCUGUACGGCAGCAACGGACUCUUCACAUCGGGGGGCCGGCACGGCGCACUGUCAUACGGAAAUGCCGCCGCCGCUGCCGCCGGGCAUCACGGGCACUUCCCGCCGAACACGCCCGUGUACGUCAGCGCAGGUGGCGGCGUCAACACCCCGACAUCCGCGGCGGAGUUGGGGUCGCCGACGGGGUCGCAGCCGCGUGCGAACCGACGCCUGCGCGGCAACACGUUGGGCAUUGCUGCCAGUGCGCAGGCCUGGCAUUGGGGACCGACAACGACGACAUCAUCAGCUCAGCAGCAGCAGCCACAACAGCCCGGUCAUCAGCGCAGUCGGCAUGGGCACCGUCGCAGCAGUGCCGGUGGUGGGGGGAGCGGCGAGAGCAGCAGCACCGAGGAUCGCCGUAGCAGCCGCGGCGCCCCCGAGUCUCUCUUUUCCGCUGUGCAGCCGUCGAUGAUCUCGCCGACGCAAAGCAGCAUCUCGAGCCCGUCGACGGCGGUCAGCAGUCCUGCAACGGCGGGUGGUGGUAAUGGACUGCCGCAGCCGACACCGACCUCCGCCUCGUCGCACGGCGACGCGCAACACGUCUUUCCGCGGCAGCACCCGCCCUCGCAGCACGGCAGCGGUGCUCCGCCGGGCAGCGGGACCUCCGCGCUGACGCCAGUCUCGGAUAGGACUUCGGGCUCUGGCAACGCGACUGCCGCACCUGGCGGGGGAGUAGGCGUCGUCACCAGGGGAACAGGGGGAGUCGGCGCAGGCGGAGGCGGCAGCGGCAUCAUGACGGACGCGCCUCUCGCCACCUUCGCUCGUCGCCUGUCCAACAACGCCAGCACCGCCAUGGACCAGGGCAGCGGUAGUCCGACGACGACGACCACCACCGUCACAACCCCACAGAUCGUGACGCCGACCACCGAGUUCGAGCGCUCCUUCGCGCACGGGAUGUCGCCUGGCGCCGGCAUCGGUGGGGUGAAUGACGAAGGUGCUAUGUGGGCGCGUCGUGCCACGAGCAUCGCCGCUGCGAGCGGCACCUACGGCGAGUCGCAGCACCCCAACACAACCAACAACAGCGUGAGUGACGCCCUCUUCGAGAAGUACCCUCGUGUGGAAUCGCAAGGGCGCGAGGCAGCGGACGCGCCGACGGUGAUGCCAAACCCUCACACGGCCACUCCCCCGCUGCCGCUCCCCAGCACCUCGUCGUCCAGAUCACCGUCCAGGCAGGAGCAGCAGCAACAGCGUAGUUAUUAUGAGUUACCGCCAUCGCACACACAAGGCGCUGGACACGUCCUCGGUGCCGCACGUAGCUUCGCGACAACCGCCGCCACGACAGCCAACAGCGACGUGAAGCCGAAUCCCCUUCUGCAACCGCAACAACCACCGCCACCACCGUCCGCAGGCGCAUCAGCACACUUCUCCGCCGGCUCUCACGCAGGCGCCGGCGCCGGCGGCGACUUCCUCCGUGCCAGCGGCGUCUUCUCCGGUGAGGAAAGCACCCUCUACAGCUUAAACCACUCUACGUCGAACUCCCGCUCCGACUCACCGCACGUGUGGGAGAACCCGGUCGGGGCGAUGGACCGCGCCUACACGAGCACGGAGGCGCAGAUGACGCUGCAUCAGCAACGCCUGGACGACGCUCGCAUGCAGGACGCGCUGCACUCUCUCGGUGUCGGCACAGCCGCCGCGACAGCAGGCGAGACCGUCGCCACGACCGGGUCGAUGGGCGGCAAUGCGGGGGUACCGACGGAUAACGGCAGUGGUGGUGGCACGGCAGCUCAACCACAAGAGGCAACGGCCAGCACACAAGUCUUGACGAGCGAGCACCCGCCCUUCAGCACCCACCCCGGCCUGAUCGGUGCCGAGUGCGCCUCCGCAGCGGACGCGCUGAUCGACUGGGGGCGGGCGUACGCGUGCGGUCAACUAGGUAGCACCAGCGCCGCCACCGCCGCCGCGCAGAGCCGCACGCCCGGCGCAGCGGCAGAGGUUGGCAGGCGACGCCUGACGGUGCACCCCAGCUCCCCACCAGCGCCAGGCUCCAACCCCGGCACGGCCUUUUCUUUCCCCCUUGCACAACGAGCCUCCAUAUCUAGCUCCGCCGCCGCAGCAGCAGCAGCAGCAGCAGCAACUCAGCCGUCCCUGUGGUAUCCAAAUGACCUGAACGCGAGCAUGAGCCGCCGUGCGACUGGCAUCGGUGGGUGGCAGGGCAUGAACAGCAGUGCGUUGUUUUACCUGAACAGCUCGAUGAACGCGUCGGCCCUGCUGGACCCGUUCGCCGCCUCCGUCGUGAUGCAGCAGAACCGCACCGCACUCGUCGCGGAGCUGAAGCGGCGGCGGCAGCGGCUGCAGAAGCAACUCGGGCAGCUGCAGAAGGAGGCGACGGCGCGCAACAUCUUCGCCCUCAUCCGCGCGAGCAACGCGUCGCAGGUGCAGUACCUUCUGCAGGAGGGUCUGUGCAGCGUGAACGAUCGCGACUACAACGGCUGCACCCCGCUGCACGUCGCCGCCGGCGAGGGCAAUCAGGCAAUCGUGCGGGUGCUGCUCUCCUUCGGGGCGGACGUGCUGGCGGUGGACCACAACGGCCGCACCCCGCUGGACUGCGCCGCGGCCAACCGGCACAGCGGGGUGGGGCGGUACUUGCUGACCGUCAUUCGAAAUCAGCAUCUGGCGCAGGAAGCGAAUGGUGGUGGUGGGGCGGCGGACGAGGAUACUGCUGGCGGUGCCGGCACGAGAGCGGGCUGGACGCCCGACCAGGGCCUGCCAGGGGUGCUGCCGCACACCCCGACGUCGUCCAGGGCAAGCCCACGCGCGGGCGGCGGCGAAGCAUCCCCGACAACGACGACGACCACCACCACUGCGAACAACAACACCACCACCACGGCGGGAGGGCUGCGCCACCGCGGCAGUGGGUGGUACGGCACGCCUAAGUUAAUGGGUGGCUCAUUUGCGGCGUGGCCUCCGACGCCACCGGCGCCACGUCGUCAGCACGAGCAACGACAGACGACGUCUACGCCCUCGCCGCCGUCGCUGCCGCUUGCCCCCUCCCCGCCCGAUACAGCCACCCCUCCUUUUCCGGGAACGGCAGCGGGGGCCUCGCCUUUGAGCGCCCAGCAGGAUCACGAAGCCGACCCUCAUCAGCGUCUCCAGCAGCAGCAGCAGCAGCAGCAGCAGCAGGUGAGCGCGUCGUACGUGGCGGACGCCAGCGCCAACAACAAUAUCAACGCCUCCACAUCUUCGCUGGUCUUUCCCUCUCUCCCCAACGCAGCAGCAGCAGCACAAACGCCGACGUCCACGUCGCUGGCGCCGCCGCCGCCGCAGCAGCAGCAGCAAGGUACACCGAGCGAUGCCGGCAUCGCCGCGUCGUCAGCGCAGUGGCGCCGCAACUCAACACCGCACGGCAGCUCCCCGAUGCGGCCGGUCGUGCUCUCCGCCCUCCACACCUCCGCCGCGGAGCGGUCGCGGGAGAUACUCGCGGCCGCGUCCUCUCUCUCUGGCGCAACGGUGUCGCCGUCGUCCGUUGCGACGUCGCCCCACAUGACCGCCUCGUCCUGCUCCGCGUACGACGACGUCAGCGCGGGGUCGCCCAGCAUGCGCCCGAUGCUGCCGCCCUCCGCAGCGGCCGCCCGCGCCACCGCCGCAGGAGCCGCGGUAGGAGGCUUCACCACGGCGACGAUGUCGAUCGGAUGCAGCGAUGGAAGCGGCCUGACCUCCCCUGCCGUCGGCAGCGUGCAGAGCAACUCGCAGCCGACGCCGCAGCUCGGCUUGAAAAGCGGCAGCAGCGAUGGCGGCGGUGUGGGCGGAGGAGGCGCACCGCCCGCCUCUUCCAUGAUGAUGGCGAUGAUGCAGCCGUCGUCGUCUGCUGCCGCGGCCGGCAUGAGGGCGAGGAGCAGCGACGCACCUUGCAGUGGCAGCACCCCGCCGACGUUGCACGACAGACCCAUCGUCUCCGCCCCGCCGUACCUCGCCGUCGGGAUGGACACAUCACCGUCGUCGGAGGCGGCGCACGAUCUGAGCGACGGCCCGCCCAGCGCCUCCAUAACGUCCCCGCACAACCACAACCACCACCAGAAGGUGGGUGGUGAGCAGGGCGGUCGUGCCGGGCCGAUGCGGCCGCCGUCAUCGGCCCCACCGGGCCCCUUUGAUGGCGCCGGGCACGCCACGUCGCCCCCCACUGCCCCCCUGCCGGAAUCGUCGCUGGAGGGCGAGGCGACGGGCGGCAGCAGCGCCUUCGGCCCGACGCCGUCGCACGCGCACUUCGCGGAGCCGCUGAACGAGGACGAGCUGCAGCACCUUCUGCUUGGCCGCGGUGGGGUGCUCGCGCGGCAGAAGCUCGCCGGUGCUGGUGGAACGGACCACCGUCACCCGCCACGGAGCGAGACGCCUUCGACAGAGACUAGCGAGGGUUCGUCGAUGCCGGCAGCGUACAGGACGCUGACGGGGACGGCCGGCCUGCCGCACAACGCGGACGAUCACUUCCACUACCACGACGACGGCGGGGAUACCAGGGCUGUUCACCUGCGACGGCAGCAGCAGCAGGCACGCGCAGGUCUGAUGUACACAACGUCAGCGUUUACAGCAGCGUCAGCAGGUGAUGGUGGUGGAGAUGCUACUUCGGGGUCCGCCAAGGACGAGGCACCGUUGAACUUCUCACCCGGGACGCGCAUGCUCCGCCCCUUCAACACGCUGCCGCUGGACUCACAAGAGGAGCUGGAGCGGGCUGAUCGGGAUGGCGCGCGUGCGGCCACCACCGCCACCGCAUCCACCACGGCGACGGCCGCGUCCGCACCGCAUCUCGAGUUCCGGUGCCCCGACGACGACGCCAACACCACACCGGCACAAUCCACCUUGACGUCCGACCUCGGCUCGCUGCGCGGGGUCGCCGCGUACCAGCCCUUUAAGUCCUCCCAGCGGGAGAGCUUAAGCGCCUGCGACGUGGGCCAGCAGUCCCUCGAGGAGCACCACCAGCACUUCCGCCUCACCGCGACGACGGGCAUGAAGCUGCUCCGCAGCGGCGGCGCCGUCGCGCGCCCGUUCGCGGCGACGACGACGACGACUGCUGCGACUACUGCGGCUGCGCGUGGUGGGUGCCCGAUAACUAACACCAUCAACGACGGCGGUGCUGGGGAAGGAGGCGGCCUCGCCGGGGCAGCGGAGCACGCGCCGGACAGCGCUGCCUUCGCUGCGGCAACUCAGCCCGCACACGCACCUGCGGAGACGCUGGACAACAGGAUGGAAGAAACAGGCAAGCGGGCAGCCGGCGCUCCGGCGAACGAGGCAGCAGCAGCGAUAGCAGCGACUGCGGGUCAUCCAACGCCGAAAGAGAACGUCACGGUGCUGCCCUCAUCGGAAGGCAUCAGCGCUGCGGCAGGACCAAUAGCGAUCAGCGAUGCGAUGCACGUCCCGCCGCCACUGCCGCAGCAGCAGCAGCAACAGCACAACGAGGCUACGUCGACACUGACAGCCAACGCCCCACCGGCACCGCAGCCGCAACGCAGCAACCGCCACGCCGAAGAGGAGCAGAACUUCAUGGAACAGCUCCUGCAGGAGCCGUUGGAUCUGGCCACGCUGCACCACUCCAGCUACACGACUGUGUGCGACACCGUCUCCAUCAUCGUGUGCAUGGUGGGCCUGCCCGGGCGGGGCAAGAGCUUCAUCGGCAAGCGGCUGGUGCGGUACAUGAAUUGGAAAGGCGUGCCGUGCCGCGUCUUCAACGCCGGCGAUUACCGGCGGCAGCUGCUCGGGGUGGAGGGGACCGCCAACGCCGCCUUCUUCGACCCCAACAACCCGAUCGGGGCGCAGCUGCGCGAGAAGAUGGCCGAGCUGGCGUGCGAGGCGCUGGUCGGCUUCAUCUCCACCCACCCCCUCGCCGUCGGCAUCCUCGACGCGACGAACACGACCCGCAAGCGACGGGCCUGGCUGAACGAGUACUUCCAGCAGGAGGCCGGCAAGCGAGGGGUACCCUUCCGCCUCCUCUUCAUCGAGUCCGUCUGCACCGACGACACCAUCAUCACCGAGAACAUCCUCCGCAGCAAGUGCGACAACGACGACUUCAAGAACGUGAAGGACGUGGGGGCGAUCAUCGCCGACUUCCGCAACCGCAUCCUCCAGUACGAGAAGGUGUACGAGACCUGCGAGCCGGCGGAGCGGAUGUCGUACAUUAAGAUCAUCAACGUGAAGCACCACGUGAUACUGCACCACGUGCCGAACGGCCUCGGCAGCCGCAUCGCCUUCUUCUUGCUGAACCUGCACCCCGUCGCCUUCCCGAUUUACAUCGCCCUGCCUGGCGAGACCGUCGGCGACAAGAAGCACGCCUACGGCGGGGAGGAGCGGCUGACGAGUCGGGGUGAGGCGUACGCCGUCGCGCUCAAGAACUUCAUUCAAGACCGCUACGUCCCCCACAUGGUGGUGCUGCACGCGACGAACUACUCCGUGCUGAGCACGCUGGCCCCGCUGAUGGAUGGCGCGACGGAGGAUGACGCGGCGCUGAUCCUCCAGGUCGCGCCGGGUGCGAACAACACUACUAAUAUCCCCAUCACCACCACCAGCAACGGCGCGGUCCCCACAAACCACAACGGCAGCGCGGCGUGCAGUGCGGGGGCUGCGGCGCCGUAUCACCCAUCCAAAACGGGUACACCCUCCCCGCAGCAGCUGCAGCAGACAGCGGUCAAGCGCGCCCCACCGCCGCCCUCUGUCUUCCGUCCCGCCGCAGCGCAGACGCAGACGCAGAGCUCCGCCAGCGCCUCCGCUGUCGUCGUCGUCACCCCCACAGGCGCCGUCGCUGGUGGGGGUGACGGAGUCCAUCGCACGUCGUCCGCCGGUGCAGGGACGGACCCGCUCUCCCCGGCACUGCAGGACGCACCGGCGUCGCUGCCGGUGUCGACGGCGUCCUCGCCGCACACCUCGACCGCCACCACCACCACCACCGCCGCCUCCCCGACGAGUAACGCGGUGUACACGUCGAACCAAAGCGAAGGUGAGGUGACGGCCUCCAGCGGGCCCAACGCACGCGCAGACCAGCAGCAGCUUCAGCAGCAGCAGCAUCGACGCCGACACAAUACGGUGUUUCCCACGAAGCACCACCAGCACCGGCGUCGCCACCACCACGGCCACGUCGACAGCUGCAAUGAGUCGGACUUCACCCUGGACAGUAAAGGCAGUGAGGAAAGCAGCAGCGGCAGCAGCGGCAAUGAUGGCAGCCGCAGUAACAGCAGCAGCAGCAGCAGCAGCAUUAAUGGCAGCCGCCCACCAAAUCACAUGCGUCGGCGUUCGUCCUCAUCGCGGUCGCACCGCAGCCGCUCCCGCGGAAGCAGCUACCGCGCCACGUUGCCGAACACGGAGGUGUCGGUGUCGAAGCUGCACCCCUACUCCCCUACCACCACCGUCGAGGAGCUGCGCGCGAUGGCCGGCGGCGACCUGUCCGCCGUGCCGCUGCCGAGCCAUCGCUCGUCGUCUAAAGGCUCAAGCCGCAAAACGCCGAAGUCCGCCGCCGGGAGCUCUACCACCUCGCGCACGCACCGCGACGACGACGAACUGGCGAGCGCAGAGGACGGAGGUGCUGCUGCUGCUGCUGCGGCGGCGGCGGCGGUGCGCGCUGAGGCGCACGACGAGGCGGAGGCGGGGGAUGAGAACUCCUCGAACGGCGACGGCAGCGAAAGUGAGGAGAUGUGCGACGAGGUGCUGUGCCCGGUGCCGGGCCUCGACAACAUCAACUACGGUCGCUUCAGCGGUCACACGGCGUCGUGGAUCAAGGAGAAGUACCCGCGGCUCUCCGCGAUGCUGUACGACAUCGCAGACGACAAUGAUGGCGAUACCAACCGGCGACCACCGCCACCGCCACUACCAGCAGCGGGUGGUGCCGCCGGCGCAGCAGUGCCGACGCAUCCCGUGCGGGAGACAACAAAGGCAGAAAGGGAAGCAGCGAAUCCGCCGCAGCAGCAGCAGCAGCCUUCCAGCGGGCUCCGCAGCGGCAACGGCGCCUACAACAACCUCAACGACUGGCUGUCCGCCACCCUGCCGCCCCCGGUGCACUACGCCACACACGAGGAGGCCAUCGCGCACCUGCAGCAUGCACCGACCGGGGCCGAUCCGCGCCUCAGCUACUGCAUCCAGUUCCCGAACGGCGAGAGCUGCCGGCAGGUAAACGUGCGACUUGAGCCGGCGUUGAUGGCGGUGAUGCGUACGCAGUCCCCCGUCUUCGUCGUGGCACCCGCCGUGCCCGCGCAGGGGGUCUUGGCCUUCUUCAUGGACGUCAUUCCCGAGCUGUCGCCGACGCUGCGCAUUCCAGGCGGGUGCGUCGUGGAGAUCGGCGUGAAGAACGGGAUCACGGUGCACCCGCUGCUGCCGGACGCGCUGCCGGACAGCAUGAAAGGCUCCCCCGUCACGGAGCUGCCGGAGCUGCCGGAGCUGCCGGAGCUGCCUGGGGAGGCGGCCGCGCCGGAGGGGGCGGGGGGAAAAGGCGGCGGUGCGUCGGACGUGGCAACGACAACGCCUCCGCCACCGCCCUUCGCGCCAUCUCCUCCGCAAGGGCCAGAAGAUCAGCCGCAGGCGGACGAAACGGGAGCGCGAGACGCUGUGGGCACGGCCGCAAAAGAGAGCAAGACGGGUGAGGAGGCGGUGGCGGCAACAGUCGCAUCCCCCGCGGCGACUCCCCCAACGCCGGCCGCGUAG